AUGGCUAAAUAUGAAGCUUGCAUUCUAUGGUUGAAGAUGGUCAUUGACAUAAAUGUCCACGAGUUGCUGGUUAUUGAAGAUUCAGAUUGGUUGAUUCAUCAGAAUGAGUUCGCUGAUGCUCUUACCACCAUUGCCUCAAUGAUUAAGCAUCCAACUAAGAGUUAUAUUGAUCCUCUGGAUGUAGAGGUAAAAGAGCAACCAUUCUAUUGUUCACCUGUUCAAGCAGAAUUAGACAAUCUGCCAUGGUAUUUUGACAUCAAGAAGUAUUUAGAGACCGAGGUUUAUCCUGAGAAUAUAACACUGAAUCAGAAAAAGACGGUAUGUCGUAUGACCGUCAACUUCUUUCUAUGUGGGGAAAUCCUUUAUAGGAGAACUGCAGAUUUAGGUCUUAUAAGAUGCGCUGGUGCUGCUGAAGCUACGAAACUUCUUAAACAAAUAAAUGCCAGAGUUUGCGGUACACACAUGAGUGGAUUUACUCUAGCUAGGAAGAUCCUUCGAUCCAGUUAUUGUUGGAUGAAUGUGGAGUACGAUUGUUUCAACAUCGUGGAGAAAUCUCAUUAA